AUGUUGAAAGUUCUUCCCGUAAAAGCGCUCGAAGACAAUUACAUGUAUCUGGUUUUUGACCAGGAAAAGAAGCAAGCAGCCGCUGUAGAUCCUGUGGAGCCGGAAAAGAUUCAAGCCGUGGCCAAGGAGCACAAUUUGUCAAUUUGUGCGGCGUUUGUGACGCAUCAUCAUUGGGAUCAUGCUGGAGGAAUGAAAAAAUUCAGGGAGCUCUACCCCGACCCUUCCAUCACAGUCUAUGGCGGAGACGAACGUGUUGAUUGUAUGGACGUGCACGUCAAGGAUAAGCAGGAAUUUGUCGCCGGCGGACUCAAGGGUCACAUUUGCUAUUACGUCCAAAAUAAUGAAGAAAAGGCUGUCUUGACCGGAGACACGCUGUUCAUCGCCGGCUGUGGGAAAUUUUUUGAAGGUACUGCUGAGCAAAUGCAGCGAAACCUGAACGAGGUGCUAUCCGGGCUACCCGAUGAAACGCUUGUCUACCCAGGGCACGAAUAUACGGCCUCGAACCUCAAAUUUGCGAAACACAUUGAGCCGAAUAAUAAGGACGUUGAGGAGAAACUGGUUUGGGCACUUGGCCGUCAAAAGUCUGGACAGCCCACGGUGCCAUCAACCAUCGGCGAGGAGAAGCGGAUCAACCCUUUUAUGCGUGUCGGCACUGUUGCGAUUCAGGAAAAGGUCAAUGCCAAGGAUCCGGUUGAAGUGAUGGGAAAGCUAAGAGAAGCGAAGAACAACUUCCGCGCU